AUGAGCCAACCGGUUGAAUCUACACGAGACCCAGGCCUCAAACCAAAACCGCGAAAGUUGAUUGUGUGCAUUGAUGGCACUUCCAAUCAGUUUUCGGAGAAGAACACCAACGUGGUCGAGCUCUAUAGCCGUAUAACCAAAGACUCGACACAGCUUACCUACUACAACAGCGGUGUUGGGACAUAUGCCCGUCCCUUCUGGUGGUCUUUUGCGUACCUGAAGCAACAGAUUUCAGGUAUUAUUGACUUGAUGAUUGCCUGGAAUUUCGAUCAGGUUAUUAUCGGAGCAUAUCGUUGGCUGGCCGAUCACUACCAGCCGGGGGACCAAAUCUUCUUGUUUGGUUUCUCGCGAGGCGCAUAUCAAGUUCGAACACUUGCGGGCAUGAUCCACACGGUCGGGCUUAUUUAUCCCGGGAAUCAAGAGCAAAUCGCAUUUGCUUGGGCAAUUUACUCCGGUGAUGAGCCAGAAUCCGUAAAGAACAAGUUUAAAGAGGCUUUUUGUCGCGAAAAGGUGGAUCUGCAUUUUGUCGGAGUUUGGGACACCGUUGCAUCUGUCGGAAUCCUUCCAAGGAAGCCGUUCCCGUUUUCUGACAAAUGCGAGCAUAUAAAUCACUUUCGCCAUGCCUUGGCACUCGACGAACGUCGAGUCAAAUUUCUCCCUGAGCACGUCGUCAGUGAAGGCGUACAAGGUUACCAAACACAAGAGGAAGUAUGGUUUGCGGGAACGCACUCAGAUAUUGGCGGAGGAAACAAGGCGAACCCUACUUUGGAUCGUGGAGGAGAACCUUUGAAGUGGAUGAUGGAAGAAGCCUACAAACAAGGUCUAUCCGUACGACUCCAUGACGUCAAGAUUGGCGUUCCACAUGCCGAAGUAACUGAUUCCUUGCGAGCCAACUCCGUACGUGGGUGCUUAUAUACGAUCCUCGAAAUUCUCCCAUUCUUGUUCUGGAAAGAAAGCUUUUCUAGCAAGAAGUAUACGUUGAAAUGGGAUCCUCACUUAGGGAGCCCUCGGGAGGUUCUUCCCCAUCAAUCCAUUCACUGGACAGUCAACGCGAGUCUCGGCAAGAAUAAUCCUCAGGAGUUAGAUCCAACAGGAAGGGGAUACAGUCCCAAAGCGAUACUUCUGGACGGCGACUUAACAGAGGAGGAGCAGGGCAGUAAUGUUAAGAAGAUAAUAAAGUGGGAAGAUUUCAACAUUGAAGAGGAUCGAUUCGGACGGCGAAGCUGGGUGGACGAUCACCAAUUUAUGCUCAUGAUGCGCAUACUAAAACCGAAAUCUGGUGAUGACUGGUUUGCGAAUUUGAAAGAUUAUGUUUUGGGGGAGAAUCCGGGUAAACCCGAUGCAAUCUGGGCAUACGGAGGGCCACAAUUUCUUCAAAAGCUAUUUGAAGCACAUCAGGACCAGGAGAGUACAGUGAAGAUUGCUCGUUUGAUUAUUGGUUUCGAUGAUGACCUUGCAUCAAGCAGCCCCGCAGGUGCGCCAAAGCAACCUGUUGGCAAGGACCAAAGGAAAAGAGAACAAGAUUUAGCCAAUCGUUUGCGGGACAUGGUUAUACCUCGCGCUAUCCUAUUACUCCGAGAAUGGUCCGAAAAAGACGUAAAAACUACAGAUGAGUUGCCCAAGCAAAGCGUCUGGGCGAGUGUUCGAGGUUGGUUUGGGCUCUCGUCAAAAGAUACGGACGAGGACGACUCCCUUGAUGCAAAAUGGGACUGGAAACGGAUACCAAAGGACAGUCGCUCAAUGGACUUAGCACGUGUAGUUACCGACAUUUUGUCAGAUGCUGAAAAGACAAGAUUUGCUUAUGUUAUGCAGAGCUCCAGCGAGCAAUUGGCUAGGCAAAUUAUGGUGGUUAUUCACGAAAUGACUGACCGCGAGACGCCAAUCCAAAGUGCAGCAUCUUGGGAGAAUAGCAAAGCCGCUCUUGCGGAGGGAGCUUUGAAUGUGAUAGUGGCACUCCUCAGCCUCGGUAAUGAUGCCCCGAGGGAUGUUUUCCAUUUCGAGAAUACCGCGGCUGCAAUUCGUCCACUAAUAUGCGCCAAAGAAAGACACCUUACGUUGUCGCUUCAAGCUAUGCGUACCGCGGCGCUAUUGAUGCAGGAUCUAUAUUGUGGAAUGGAUGUCGCAGAUUCUGAAAUUAUCCCUGACCUGAUUGGAAUGAUGCACGAUUACACGACGAAGGACGACCUAGUGAAACAGAAACUUGCGAAUGAGGCAUCCAUAACAUUGGUGACAUUAACUAAACACUCAUGGUGUUGCCAAAAGAUCAGCGGUGAUUCCGAGCUGAUGGAUAAAUUACUUCAAGUAUUGAAAGCAAAGAAUCAUGUCGAUAGCAUUCUGCAAGUUUUUAGGAAUGUCUCAACUGAUUAUCCCGAGGGAUUGUCGCCCAAGCAUAUUAAAGGCAUUUCCGACCAGAUGGAAAAAGACGUCGAUGCUUUGUUCGCACUGGCAAAUAUUGCUUCUCAUUAUACCUUUGAUGUAACAUCUUGGGAUAUCUUUGAUAGAAACAAGGUUGCUACAAAGGCUAUGGGCCUACUAGGCCAACAAGAUAUACAAAUUCAAGCGGCUGCCCAGUUGAUUAGGAACCUAGUUGACCAAGAAUCAAGUCUCACGAAAGUUUCGGGAACACCUUUGAAAACAUCUAUAGUCCUUCCCCAGGUGUUUUUGGCUCUCACAGCUUCGGUUCGGGAGCCGUCUCGUUCCCAGUCAGCAAUUGACGAGUUAUUGGCAACUAUUGUGCGAUUUUUAUUGCUAAAGCCGAAUCCAGGAAACAAGAUACCCGCUCUGAUCUUGGAAGCUGAGAUACCUAGCUUGGCUGCACUAGCACAGUCGGGGAAGCAACCCGCAAUUUUGGCCGUCUCGGCUGCGUUUGCGCACAGCGAGAGCGGAAAGGAGCGUGCCACUCAGUACAUAUCGAGCCUUGCUGAGAUGAUGACCUUGGAAGACCAAAAAUUCUUGAAAGAUUCGAUAGAAGUGCUCACGCUCCUAAUUAAUGAAGGCUAUAGUCUUCAAGGCGUUCAUGCAAAAUGUGUGAUGGAUGCUAUAGUAGUGAUUAUCAAGGCAAUCUACACAUAUCAACUGUUUGCUGAGGAUGCGCCUAUGUCCGACUGGGAAAAAGAGAAAGUUGUUUUCACAGUUUUUGAUCUCUUUGAAGUUUUGUGUAAUGAUAGAGAUAACCGUAACCACUUGGCUAGCACUGAGAUCUUUGAGACCAUCAUACUGGGAUCAGGUAUUGGCUACGCCACUCCUACUGACGACCAUGCAAACGCGAUGGUGGAUCGUCUUACUCAGUACGAGGACCUCACUAAUAUAAUUGAGGCGUUACGAGAAAAGCUUCCUCCUCGUGAAACAGAGGAUGAGAUUACGGAUGAGGUAACAAAUGAUGGCGAGAACCUAGCUGGAGUAGCAGGCGACCAAGAGGAGCUAGGCGAAGUGAAGGAUUAUUUACAGGAUACAAGUGAAGCAGAGGAUGAAGCGGAGGAUGAAGCGGAGGAGACGAGCCCAUUGUUACCCUAG